CUCAAAAUGGAUGCAAAUGGCUCCCUUUCCCAGUGCUGCGGAAAGUCGGUGUCACCGAAAACGCCGUGUUGGACGCUUACAGGUUCCUCUCUGCUAGAAAAAGGAAUCGAAACAUUUACGUAAUAGAUAACAAAAAAAUAUCUAUUUCUGACAAUCAAUUAUGUCUUGAGAAGAUAGAAAAUGAUGUUAGGUGAUGCUGUGCGUGUGUAUGUGCGCGCGUAUGUGCGUGAAAGUACUAAAUUGCUAUACUGUGCCAGUAUUUCAUAAAUCAAAGAGAACGCCGAAAAAUGGAUGAAGUUAAAGAGCGGACCACCAAAAAUGUUGUACCGAAAGGUGCUAUAAUGUUGACAAGAUAUGAAGCAUUAACGCAUCAAUGGAAUGUCGUUAGUGACUGGAAAUCACAGAAAGAUGUAUGGCCAUUGGUACACGGAUGCGGUAUCCUGGGUAUAGCGGCAGGACUGAGCGGUACUUACAUUAAUUAUUGGUUUAGACAAAAAUUGAAAGCACGCAAUAUUGCUGUCUUACCCACUAUGAUGAUGUCUGCACUAGCACCAGCCCUUUUAACAGGUCUCUUUCAAUCACAGAUGGUCAUGAACAAAAUAUUGCUGCUAGAGGAACCUUGUCCCUUAUGCUUACAAUUCAAGAGUGCUUUAAUACAAAUGUCUACUGGAACACUUGUACCUAUGAUUAUAUCACCAAUGGUUAAUUUUGCGUUUAUUGGCAGUAAUGUACAUAAUGUACCAUAUGCAACAGAGGGUAAAAAGGUGCUUGCAGUAACACAAUUGAUCUAUCGAUCCUUGAUGCCCAGAUUGACAUCAGUUUUAAUUUUCCAAAUGCUCUUUGGUGGUUAUAUGACAUACUUGCAAACUAAGUAUUUCUUACGUUUACAAGAUAUACUUUAUCUACUAGAACGAGAAGAAAGAAAAAAGGAAAUGCAUGUCAAAUACUAAUUGCUGCUAAACUUUAUAUGUACCUAUCUGUAGUUAUACUUUUAG